AUGAGUGAAAGUGCAGAGGUUGCGGAUUUGGAGGAUGUUUUUGGUAAAGCUUCUAUGCCGAUACAAACCACUCAGUCAGACUCUCAAGAAAAUACGGUGAAUGCAAAAAGUUCUGCUGAUGUAUUGUCAGAGUUCCCAGAUACAGUUUUGCCUCCCCGUGAAGAGUCUAAGAAAGCAGAUGAAAUAAAUGUUCCUGUUUUAAGUGAUUCAAUUGGACUUUCCGAGGAAAUACAAGAAGUGCUGAUAGAAUCAACCAUAGUUGCUGAAAAUACUGGAUUGGUUCCAGUUGUAGAGGUUACCAAAACCAUCACAGAAACUACUACUGCUGUAACGGGUUCUGUUGAGCUUGCGGAAGAGAUCAUGGAAGCUUUUGCAAAUUCGAAAAGCGUGUUGGAUACAGAGAAUCCCGUUUCUAAUGAUGCUUGCGCGUUGCAGGAGGAGCUCGACAGAUUAGAGCAGCUGGCAGUUGAAAGGGUGAGGGAGAUUGAGGGUGAUCUGGUCAACAGCACAAAACAAAUGACAGAAUGCAACAUUAGCUUGAAUGUUCCAAAAGAAUUUGAAUCCACUGAUGGGACUGGUAACAAACAGGAGGAAUUUGUGUCUGAAAUGGCUGUUCCUGAUGCUUCAGGUGCUUCUGCAAAAGAAGUAGGGGAAAGUCUUUGCGAAGAUGUUAUGCCAUGUGUAGAUUUGACAUCCCCUUCAGAAUUGGUUUCUGUGGUACCCGAAAUAUCGAGUGCAGUUGUGGGUGUGGAAAAGAAACAAAUUAAACCAUCAAACAUAGAUCUUUCAGAAUCAGUUGUAGAUAGUGCAAUAACACAGGAGAAAGAAGCCGAAAACACAGAGUUAAUUGAUAUUGAUGCUUUGGAAUCAGAGAAAACAACGAUAUUAGAAGGCAAAAAUGAUGACCCGGCUCCUGAGCCAAAAGGUAAAAUUGAAAAUCCAGUUAUGGAAAUUCAAGAGAAGAGUAACGAUGAAGUGUUAAAGUUAAAAGGCGAAGCUAAUUCAUCAGUUUCAGAGGUAGAGGCUGUUAAAGGUUCAGAGUUGGUUCGGGAGGCAGUCGAUAUACUUUGUGAUCUUGAAGGCAAGUCAGAAAAGAAGAAUACAGAAGAUUGUGAAAAGAAUUCAGAACCUGGGGAAAGUGAAAUUUCAAGAGGGGAUGGAGGAAAGAAAGAGUUGAUUGGUGAUAAAAAUGAAUGUUCAGUUACAGCAGAUACUCAAGUAACACAGGAAGUAAUUGUGGAGAAGCAGUGUUUAUCAGAUAAAUCAGGUGCAAAUAAAGAUAACUUUGUGAAAAUGGGUAAUGCUAAUAAAAAUAUUCCAGAAACUGAUGAAGCAACUGUAGCAACUGUUGCUGUUGAAGAAGGUAAGCAGAUAAAAGAUAUUCAGAAUUAUGAGACUGAAGACGAUGAUUUAGAGGUUUUGGAAGCUUUUAUUGUGAAGACGGCUACAAAUCCAGAAUUGGCUGUCUGUACUGUAAAAUCCAGCAAGGAUGAUAAUGUAUCAAAAUAUUCAUUAGAAUCGUCUUUACUUGAUGAUUUAACAAAAGCAGAUAAUGGUAGUAGUACAAAUGAAGUAGAAAACAGAAGUGGUAAACUAAAUGAAGAUUCGCCCCUCAUCCAAUCUGCCUGUGCUGAUUCAGCACAUGAAACAUCUUCUCAGAAAAUAGCAUCGUCAGAGAACAGUGCAGACACAAACUCUAAAGCUAGUGAAAAUGCAGUUGAAUGCCAUUUAGGAUUGCAAGCAAGUUCUGUACCGUCUGAAAGAAAAAUAUCUGACAAGGAAGGUGCUUCAGAGACAUCUGGUGAUGAAAUUGUGUGCAUUGAUAAUGCAGCGAAGGGUAGCAAUAAAACAGCAGAAAAGAAAGUUGUUUUUGUGGAGGUGAAGAGGCGUACUGGCAGGCCUCUCAUUUCAGGUAAAAAAGCUUCAAUUGGGGACACUUCAAUACUGCUUAGGAAGGAAAGCACUGAGCAAACUGGUUCAGAGAAAUUGCGUUCUCAGAAAGGAAUUGAUGAAAAGCCAGCGAAACAAGACCAAAGCUCUAAUAAAAGAAGUAUGAGAAAUUCAAAGAAAAUGAAGAUAGAUGAGGAAAACCUACCUUCAACAUCGGGUACUCUGUCUGCCCAAAAAGGUGCAGAACAAAGUGGAGUGAGUAAAAUUCAAAAGAAAAGUGUGGAACAGAAUUCAGAUAGUUCUGCUUCAACAUCAAAAACUACAUUAAAAAUUAAUGAAAAUAAAGGAGAGGUCAGGCCUACGACUGUAGUAAAUGUUGAGACUUCAUCAAAAGAGAAAAAGAAACCUAAAGAUAUGGAAUCGAAUAACGAUGAAAAGCCAACAAUACAUGCUGAUCUAGAAUCUUCAAGAGAGAAUAGAAAUGUGGAAAACGAUUGUGCUUCGAAACCCAGCAAAAAGGAUGAAAGGAGAUUAAAAGAAAAUGUUGAAACACCAGCAGACAGAAAUAUAAAGAGGCAAAACAAUAAUUCAGAUGUAACAAAUUCUCGUUCCACUAGAAGUGCCAAGAAAACGAUCACGGUAAAAAGUUCACAGCCAACGAACGUGAGUGAGCACACGAAAGAAAAAAAUAAAGAAAAUGUUGAGAAAUCCAUUAAUGUGCCAGUUGGUGAUGGAGAUAUUAAAAGAAAAACUGAAAGAAGUGUGCCAAAGGAGACACCUUUAAAAAAUGAGGUAGGGCAGCCCCAGAAACGCAGCAGAACCUCGACAGAAGAUGGUCGGGAUGUCAAAAAGAAAAAUGAUGGAAAUAUACAGAUUUCUGCUGCAAUUAAACAAAGCCGGAAUGAACGAGUUGAAGGUUUGCCUGACUCACAAGCUUCAACUUCAACUCCCAAGAAAGCAGGAGACAAUUCCGACAGGGGCUCUGCUAGUCCAAAGGUUCCCUCAGUUUCAGUGACACAAAAAGCAGCAGAAGAAAGGAACUUACAUGAUUCUGGUACUCCAGUGAAACGUAAAAGGGCAGAGAAAGAAACUGAACAUAGUUUUCCUGAUGUGUCUCCCACUUCAGUAAAACGUAAGAGAGGAAAUUCGGGAGGGAAAGAAAUUUCAGCUGUAAGGCAGAUUCCUCCUGAUGUGUUAAAACGAAAGAAGGCAGACACGGAGACAGACAUUACACUGAGCUCACAAAGUUUUCAGGCAUCCCCGACAAUUUUGAAACACAAAAGUGUAGGAAGAGAAUUUGAACAAAAUAUGCCUAAUGAUGAAAUUGAAUACACUCGUGUGACUCCUUGUGAUUCUAACAAAACCAGUGAAACCCUGCAUAGAAUUCCAAAUGUAUAUUCCGAUAGUUUGUUUGUUGAAUUUGAAGAAAUAACUUUUGACAUGCUUCAGAGCAAGGCCAAACAAUUAGUAUUGCCAACCCCACUAUGGGGAGCCCAAGUGUCUUCGGGAAAAGAGUUGGUUGCUUUCUCAAGGUUGCGUGCAGAUCUGUCUGAUGACAAACCAAUGAUUGACAAAGCUCUAGUGUUCCAAGGAUCUCUUAAACCAAUCGCGCUGAUUAAUAAUGAACCUGUCGACUUGCCAAUUCCUUGUGUUCGCACUUUUGAAGAUGUUGUCAUGUUGAUCAGAAAUUUCCACAGUGUUUCGUUUUGUGAAGGGACCGGUGUUAAGCAGAGACCUCAAAGUAAGUCCUGUUUCAGGUAUCUGGAUGUUGCGAAUCCAGGUGGCAGGUGUUCUCAGUGCCUGGAAGAGCGCAGAAGGGUGCUAUUUGGGUGUGCUCGCAAGCUCAGAGAGAGAAUAAAUGUGAUGAAAGCAGCUAAAAGCCACCAGUGA